AUGGCUAUCUCUCUCCCGCUCUCCAUCGUGCCCUCAAACGUCCCCUUCAGCCUCGUGGGCCCCAGUCUGCCUACUACACUCGUGGUAGAUACCGACUCGUUCCAGGGACCGUCCACCUCCACCCUCUGGAAGGCCCACGGCACCAUGACAGCCAUGAUUCCAGACGCCACGUCUUCAUCCAGCUGGUCGACCACCGCGGCAUCCAUAGCAACCACGGAUCCUACCGAGGGAUCACAGACGGCAGUGGGUAGCGUCGAGAGUUCCGUGUCUAGCUCCGGCCCUGCUGUUCUUCCUACGAAUCUGGCAGGGGAGUCUGCCGCUGCUCAGGGGGCGAGGGCGAGGAGAGCGGCAGACAAGGCCUCGAUGGCGUUCUUGGCUCUGUGCCUUAUUGCUGAGUUGAGUGCGUUUGGAUAUGAAAGUACGCCUGGUGUUAACAUGGAGAUAUUUGAAGUGGAAAAUCUCGGCACCUGA